AUGGACACCAAAGAACCUGUGGGACAUAAGGAAUCGAGCAUGUCUGCCGAUCCAUCCAGUGAGCGUGUCAAUCUAGACGAGGAUGCGGUUCCCACUGACCCAGCAAUCAAUGACCAGCGCCGACGCGAGCGUGGACGACAAGCGCAAGCGGCCUUCAGGAAGCGGCAGGCUCACGCAAGUCAGAAACUGAAAGACCACAACCGCGAUCUCAAAGAGAAGAUUGAGAAGGUCGUCAGUGCCACGUACGGGGAUGAGCGACCUGAGCUGCUUGAUGCCAUCGCCUCCCUCGCUCACAGUGUGGAUGUUGAUAUCGCCAGGCUCAUCCAAGGGAAGGAAAGAGGCUAUCAAAACAGCCAAGAUAUUAUCAUUGAUCCUAGGACCAGGGAUUUCAUAUAUGAAUCCGGCGAUCCGGGGAGAUAUGAUGUCCCACCUCCAACAUCCCCGCAGAGGCGGGUAGAUUACGGCGUGUGGCUCGAUCCACUGCAUUACACCAAGGUCUCGUUACCACCCGAAGACAUCGUUCCGUAUCUCGGACCCGGAGCAAAUACAUUCGCAGGCCGUCUUUUCUGGUUCGUCAUGGAACACGGCCAUAGUAAAUGCGACUACCCACAUCCAGAUCAGGCCAUGAUGAGGAAGAGGGUCCUCGGCCACGCAAAAGCCAUGGACGGAAUACGGCCGCCCUUCAUCAAAGCCAUGGUGGAAGCGAGGAUACAGUACAAGAAAACGGGCGAGAUAUGCCAUGAGAAUGCUGCGGCGGGCGAAUCCGACUUGGCGACGGCAGUUUGUAGUCAGGUCUUGGAGGAAUACCAGGCGACGGGGAGGGACCCGACUCUUUGGCUGUCAUGUCUAUCAACCGAGACGCACAUACGAAGCCUAGUCGGCGACGGCAUUUUUGAUAGCACUGAUAACUUCUCGAACUCUGGGAUGGAUCCAUUUCAUCACAGCCUACUAGAAGGUAUCCAGUGUAGGCUCUAUGACACGUUUGUGUGCUUCGGAGAUGGGCCGAGGUGGAAAACGGAAAUCGUCAACGGGGCGCUUCAAGAAUGGCUAAGUAGUGAAUCUGGUAGGGCUGACGCUUGUUCUAUAAGUGACACUCUAGAUAUCUGCAACUCUCAACAACUCUCCCUAAGCUUACGCAUCCAAAUAGAUGACAAGAUGUAUGAGACAUCGAAAUAG